AUGCUCGAGGAGGCUCUCGAUAAAAUAGAAGAUUCUGAUCGAAAUUAUGGUCAUGGACAUGAGCAGCCGAUGGAGGCGUUAAUACGAAGUGAGCUGCCGAAAAAUGACGAACCAUCAGGAGAAGAAACUUCUACUGAAGCACGAAAUGCUAUUAAUGGUGGGGGUGAUAAAAUAGAAACUGAAGAUGCUAGGCAGACUUCGUCAAGUGUAAAGAAAAAGGAAAGCAGUGAGCAGAAGAAGCGCUCACAUUCCAGAUCUUCGUCUCGAAGUCGUUCUCGUAGUCGAGACAAAGAUAAGGAUAAAAAGAAACGACGCCGGAGUAGUAGUCGUGAUCACAAAAAAAAGUCUCGCUCGCGAUCACGAUCUCGUAAACAUAGUUCUCGGAAGCGUAGCCCUUCUCGCCGAAGAUCACGUUCAAAAGAUCGUCACCGCAGAUCGCGGUCACGUCGACACUCUCGAUCGAAGUCACGUGAUCGUAGACGUCGUUCACGUUCUAGGGAUCGUCGACGACGAAGUCCAUCGUGGUCGCGUCCUCGUGUGCUUGAUCAUCGCGAUCGUAGGGGAUUUUCACCACCAUGGAGGCGAUCACCACCUCGUGGACCACGCUUGCCAGGCCCAGAAAGACGGGAUGUUAUGCCAUUCACUGCACGUCGUUCGCCACCACCAAAUGCCAAAAUGGACAUGACUUCUGAAGAGCGAGACCAGCGUACCGUAUUUAUACUUCAGAUUGCAAAGGAAACUCGACCACGUGAUUUAGAAGAGUUCUUUUCGAGUGUGGGGCAUGUACGGGACGUGCGAAUUAUUACAGAUUCAAAAACUCGACGGUCGAAGGGAAUAUGUUACGUAGAAUUCUGGGAAAUCGAAAGUGUCAAUUUGGCUCUUGCAUUAAAUGGACAAAAAUUACUUGGUGCACCUUUAGUAAUACAGCCGACGUUAGCUGAAAGAAAUCGCGCAGCUAAUAACACCGUGGGCGGAACGCUUGGGUUUGGUCCUGCGAACACUAUCGGUCCUUUGAAGCUUUAUGUCGGCCAGUUGCAUACCAGCAUAACAGAAGAUAUGUUGGGGAGGAUUUUCGACCCUUUUGGAAAGAUAGAAGGUCUUGAAAUCGCGACGGAUCUCAGUGGUGUCUCCAAAGGAUACGCUUAUGUGACGUUUCGACAUGCAGAUGAUGGUAAGCGAGCCAUGGAACAAAUGAAUGGCUUUGAAUUAGCAGGCCGUCCGAUGAAAGUUUGUUCUGUUGAUGGAGACGAACUGCCGACUGCUGCUCAGAGAACUCUUGAUAAUGAUGAUGCAGACAGACGAGGGAUAGAUUUGGGAACUAGUGGUCGGUUGCAUUUAAUGGCUAAGUUAGCUGAAGGCAGUGGCUUAGAAUUACCAAAAAGUGCUAAAGAUAUGUUAGCACAGAACCAGCAGCAAUUAGACAGCGUUACGUCGAAUAAUCCUGCUAUUCCACCAAUAGCAACACAAUGUUUCAUGCUUUCGAACAUGUUUGAUCCAGCUCAAGAAACAAGUGAAACAUGGGCGGAGGAGGUACGAGAUGAUGUAAUAGAGGAGUGUGCUAAGAAUGGAGGGAUACUGCAUAUAUUUGUUGACAAAGCAUCUCCAAAUGGCAAUGUCUAUGUAAAAUGUCCUUCCGUUUCUGCUGCUUUUAAAUCAGUGAAUGCAUUGCAUGGACGAUGGUUUUCAGGAAAAGUAAUCACAGCUAACUACGUUCCGGUCGCCAGUUACUCACAGCUGUUUCCAGAUUCGCUUAUCAUGAGAGAACCUAUUAUGUCAAGUAUGAAGCCACCAGUUGCGGCUACAACUGUAAUGCCUGGCGUGGGUUACUAA